AUGUCGGGUUCAAACUUUCGCACUCUCCUUCCCGGCGAUAUGGAUACCACCAUGAAAAAUAGCAGUUCAAGCGAUUCUUCCAAGAACAAGAACACCACACCGGAAACAACAGGUUCCAAUAGCCACGCAACCCCUGCACCCCUCGAUAAGAGAUCAGAGAGUGCAGGUCCCAUCUCAAAGAAGAGGAAAGUUCCGACAUCAAUCACCGCAAACGCUUGUGUCAAUUGUAAGAGAGCUAGAGCAAAGUGUGAUGGUAAACAACCUUGCACUCGUUGUACUAGCAAGAGAAGUUUAUACCAAGAUGAAUGCAAUUACGAGCCACAUACUAAGAACGCGAAGACGAUGCUGGUGAGGGAUCUCAAAGAGAGCCAUGACAUCAGGCACAAAGCAGAAAUAAUCUUCACAUGGCUCGCGAACAACACCGAAAACGAGCAUGAUAUCCUCGAGCGCAUUAAGAAUAGAGAGUCAAUCACGGAGAUAGCUAAUUGGCUGGAAUCCAUAGAGAGUACUGGUGAGUCACAGUUAUCUAUAUAUGGAGGUUCCAACAACGAAGUCGACGGUGAUCUGCCUAAUGAGUUUGCUUGGACAACAGUAACAGACGAUGAUGAAGUUAUCGAACAUCUUAUCUCCCUGUAUUUCACUUGGGUCCAUCCCUUCUACCCUUUGUUCAAUGAAGGUCACUUUGUGGAAAGUAUGCACCGAGGAUCAGACCAGUUUUGCUCGCACAGUCUGUUUAAUGCCAUCUGUGCCAUGGCAUGCUAUCUCCACACAAUCGUUGACGAAGAUACCACUGACUACAGACGAAUGGGCGCCCAAUUCUCUGAUUUGGUCAGAAACAGCAUCGACCCGCAAGACAAUAGCCUAACGAACAUCCAAGCAUUUGCGGUCAUGUUCUUGGUACGCUGUGCACAAGGACAAGGGUUCAGUGGUUCAGUAUACCUGUCCAUCGCAAGUAGAUCUAUGGAGAGCCUCAGACCAAGCAAUAGUGAUAGCAUCGAUUAUCGACAAAUCUGGAGGGAAACAGUUAAGGGUUUAAAUAGCCUGAAUGUCGAGUGGGCCCAGAUGACUUUCACAAUGGCACCAGCUUAUAUUCCAGACCUGCAGCCAACUCAAUCGGCUGAGGAAAUAAGCUUAUGGGAGGCUGAUAUGGACAAUCUCAGUUGGGCGCCGUAUCGAUUUCCUACAAACUUCAUAAGUGGAACGACAUUUCCCUGUCUGAUAGCAACCACAAAUCGCAAAAAAAUGGAGCUCGUUGAUAUCAUCCACAAAGCUACGAUACUCCUGUCUAAUACAACUGGACCUCUGAUAUCUGCUGAAGCCCUGUGGGCCAUUUAUCGCAGAUUAUUAACUUGGCAUGAAGAUCUACCAAGAAAUAUCGCCAUAGGUGGAGAAGAAGUUCAAGCGUUGCCGCAUGUAUAUUCACUGCAUAUAUUAUAUGCCACGACGGCAGUCUAUCUCCUAAGCCCACUACUAGGUUUCAAGGAACCUCAGCUUGAUGCACUGAUUAGGCAACAUGCAAAGGAAGGGCUCAAGCUUCUUGUCGAACGAUAUCACUUUCACUAUACGUCUCGCUACCAACCAGUCUCCCAAAUGUUCGCCAUGCUUUACCUGAUGGAGGUCUUGAUUCAAUCAUCUCCAGAAACCGACAAAGACUCUGGGAAAAAUGCCAUAGCAUAUACUAGACUAGCCACUGAUAUUUUGACAGAGUCCAAUAGUAGCUUUCCUGUUGCUAGCGUCUUUAUGGGAAUGCUUCAGGAAAAUACGAGGAGAUUCUUGAUUCCAUUGCCAAACGAACUUGAAGAUCUAUUCCGUCACAGUCAUCGCAUGUCGAAGUUUCCUUUAGACGAUGCCAUCAACGCAUUUGGAAGCACCACUUAUGUUCAGCCAGUUGAAGCGAUGCGAAAAAGGAUGAGUCCUGAUUUUGGAUCUAGAUGGAUGAUGCAUGCCGCUGCUGGAUAUCCCAAGGACUUCCGAAGACCACCACUCUUACGCCAACCUUCAGCCGAAGCAACAGGUGCACAGAACCUGAUGCGAAUCCUCAAUCUGCACAACCACAACACAAAUUGA